GUAGAGACACGAGUUUGCUUUUAAUAGACCUUAGAUGGAUUAUUUCUGCGAGGCCUUUCGCAGAUGUAGUCCGUGGAGGCCAUGGGGCACAAAACCUGGGUGUCGUGGAGGCCAUGGGGCACAAAACCUGGGUGUCGUGGAGGCCAUGGGGCACAAAACCUAGCACACCGCACUGUGGCCACCUGGUGCUGCCGAGGCUUUGGCAUCCGCGGGUGUUGCGCUGUCGGAGGCGCUAUUAAACUGCGAAAUUAAGUUGAAGGAGUAAAUAAAGGGCUUCUGGACGAGUAAUGCCAGCCCAGCCCGCACCCAGAGAACCGGAGGAGGAGAUGGAGACAGAGGCGGAUGCCGCGGUGCCUCAGGCCAACGGAGAGAUGGAGGGAGGGGAGGCAGAAGAGACGAUGGAGGAGAGUGGAGAGGAGCGAGAGAGUGACCUGGAGGAAAGUGAAGCGGAGGAAGAUGAGGAGGAAGAGGAGGAGAGUUCUGAGAUGGAUAAUGAAGACUGUGAAAGGAGGAGGCUGGAAUGUCUCGAUGAGAUGUCUGAUCUGGAGAAGCAGUUCCUGGAACUCAAAGACAAGUUGUUCCGCGAGCGGCUAGAGCAGGUGAAGGGGAAGCUGGACGAGGUGCUGAUGGGAAAGGCGGGAGAGUUCCGGGAGCCGCUGGCCCUCCUGCAGCACAACAUGCAGCUGCGGACGCAGGUGGCAGGUGUGUAUAGAGAACUGUGCCUUCAGGUGAUCAAACACAAGCAUGAGUGUGAGAUCCAGGGAGCUAAGCAGCAUCUCGAGAGUGAGAAGACCCUCCUGUUUGAUGCUAUGAAGACUGAACUUCUGGAGAAGAUCCGCAGGCUGGAGGAGGACAAGCAGAGUGUGGACAUUACUUCAGAGUGGUGGAGCGAUGAGGCGAGGAUGAAGAAGUGUAAGAGGAGAAGUAACCUCGCCCGCCAGGAGAGGAAGAAGAAGCCAGCACUCGUCUCAGGACCCUAUAUAGUGUACAUGCUGAGGGACAUUGAUAUACUGGAGGACUGGACAGCCAUUAAGAAGGCAAAAGCUGCACUAAUGCCCUUGAAGCAGAAGUCCGACAGUCGUCAGUUGUCAGUGCGGUGUGAAGGGAGCACGCUGUUCUAUGAAGGAGAGAGGUUCUCAAAGGGGAAUAGUGUUCUACUGGAAGUCAGUGAUGACAGCCCAGCUCAGGCGGUCAUAACGGCCAUCAGCGCAGGGGAAGUCUGGUUCAGAAGAACAGAUGGUAGCAAAACCAAAAUCUACAUCUCCCAGCUACAGAAGGGAAAAUACACUAUACGGAGAGCCUAGAAAACACACACACACACACACAGACAGAGAGAGAGAGAGAGAAUGUGCUAAUUGUACAAGAGUUGCCUGUCAUAGAAUUAAGGUGUGUCUCUGAAUGUUUAACGAAACGAUGUCUUCAAACUGUCCUGCUGACUACUUCAAAACCUAUAUGCUGUUAUUGAAUUCAUACUGGAUGCAGAGCAAGGCCAGCCAUCAGACUCUGUGCCUAAUGCGUAAACACAAUAUGCCACUUGGAUAUGCUGGACUGAGCGGCUCUCUAGCAUGCUGUACAGAGGCGUUCAAAUGAGCAGGAAGCAGAACAGUAGCUUCUGUUCCCCAGGACAGAGAGCGUAUGGCAUAGUAAGUGAAACUGCUGAAUCACAGCAUCCCAAACAAGCAUGCACGCGCACGUGCACACGCGCACACACACACACACGCACGCACGCACAAAGCUAUUCAGAAAUGGUAAACUAGACCAAAUAGGGAUUUAUGAUUAUAUAAAUGCUCACAGAAAAUAGAAUAUAGCUUGGCCCUUACCAUAUAACAAAAUAGACUACCUAAAGAUAAAAACCAGAGGAUACUUCACCACACAAGACACACUGUAUUCAUGAUGUAGUUUAAAAAGAGUUUUAAAAAUAAUUUAAUGUACACUAAAGAUUUAGCAGAGGCCUCAAAGACUGAAUUCAUAUGCUUUACCUGCUAGUGAUACAAGGUAGUGUUGCAGACCACACCCCCCACUGCUUUAAUAGUGACUGCACUUCUACAGACCAUGGUAAAACGCAUUGCUUUCAUAGCGAUUGCACUUCGCAUGAAGGAGAACAUUUAUCUAACAAUUUUUUUUAGCUCAUUUUUAAUAAGACUUGCAAAGAAUAUUUGUAUGUUUGUAAACUGAUUUGGAAACAGAGGGUGUUUUUUCAACUUAUUUAAAAGGUGCUUAAUAUAAUGUAUUUAUAACAACAAAAUCUAUUAAAAUCUGAUCUUUUAUUAAAAUGUCUAAAAACCCGUGUCUUUUUCUAUAGUUUCUGAUGACAAAGCAAAAUGUACGCCUGUAUGUGAGACAAAGAACCCAAAUCUUUUAGCACCUUUGUAAACUAUUAACCGUUGGACAUUUUAAUGGAAGUGAAGGUUUGAGUAGUUGUAGUUAUUGUGCAAGUCCACUAGGUGGCAAACUAUAGUCCUACAUAUUUUAUGUGCAUGUCUUCACUGAGCCUUUAGAUGGUGCUGUGAUUAUUACAAGGUUGUAGACAA